AGGAUGGUUUUUAUCUUCUCAAACAAACAAUAAAGAUAGAAAGGUUUCGGCGUUUUGUGUUUCUUUAAAUUAAACAUUAGGAGAAGAAAAAUUAUCGACGGCACUAUAAUAUAAUGAAUCAGCCCUGCCUUGAGCAUAUUUGCUGUUAGUCCUUACGAUAUUCUUGUUUGCUGUUGCGAAAGCGAACGCCUUUUUGAAUCGGCGUCAAUCGUUUACUGUCUCUGUUCGAUACUUCGCGUCGGUUGUACAGGUUAGAAAUGGCAGCUGCUACAGAGAAACCAGGCGGGGAUAUGUUUCCCAGAAUGGGCAGAAAUAUAUUUCUAUCGAACCAUCGAUGUCUGUCACCUAUGUCUCAACUAAAGAUUUCGCCUCAUUCGAGUAUGAAUCAAAGCGCAAGUGACCUGCCAUCACCAAUUGAUGACAUAGAUGAACCAAUCACCAUUGAAUCAGAGGCUCGAUCAUUGGCAAGAGAUUAUAUCAAAUACAAAGUUGAACCUACGCCAUCAUCUACAAAGAGUAAAGCAGCAAGAACACUUCGACGUGUUGGUGAUGAACUCGUCGAUAGACAUCAAACUGUUGUAAAUGCAAUGUCAAAACGUCUCCAUUAUAGUAAUCCUUCAAAAAAUCCAGAGCAUAUCGGAUUAACUCAUAACCAGCGUGUAUUUUUAAUGAUCGCUCAAGAAAUUUCCAAAGAUAGACAAGACAAUUGGGGAAGAGUUGUAUCCCUCUUUGUAUUAGGGGGAAUUUUAGCCCUCAAUAAUAUGGAAAAAGAGGGUGGUGAGGAUAUUGAAAACAUUAUUGAUUUUGUUGGAAAAUAUGUCGGAACACAUAAAAAAUCAUGGAUUGAAAAGAACGGCGGAUGGGCUGGUUUCAUCAAAUUUUUCGAUGACGGUGCGUCAGAAGAAAAGAAAGUUUGGAAAGGACUCAUUUAUGCUGGACUUGGAUUAGGUGCAAUCGCGUCUCUCGCCGUCGGCAGACAGUGAAUAAUACUACUUAUAUUCAUUUGGAUGUUGGAAGUUAAUUUAUUUUUGGCCAGGCUUUGUAAUUUUAACUCGGCUCGGCCAAGAAUGAUUUUAAAUCGAUCAUCUAAAUAUUUACUUGCGCAUUUCCAAUUGUUUCAUUGUUCAUUUAUAAUACUGUGUUUUCUGCAAUUUAUUUUUUUGCAAGUUCGCAAAUCGCAGUAUAAUGUGAAAUUUCAUCAAUGAAUACCAUAAUACGCAAAGUUCACUUGUCAGACUGCAAGAUGUUCUCUACACUUCAUCUUUGUAUAAAAUUCAAGAUCCGCAUUCUGAAAAUACUACACCUGUAAAAAUGAGAAUGAUCGCUAUUGAUCAAAAUUUAUGUUUACCAAUUUCAGUGUAAAAAUUGUGAUUAUAAAUUUGACUAGAAAAUUAUAACUUAUUUCGAAAAUUCUUUUUUUAUUUGACCUGCCUUUGGAUAUACAAGGUUAUUUCGAUUUACUUUUAGCAUCGUUUUUUAAAUUCUUUCAAAAAUGUUGAUCAAAUGAUUAUAACCGGUCAUGUAAGUAAAGAAUUUCUAAUUCGAUUUACACAGUGCACUUAUUUUCAUUUUUCCCAAGUGUACAUAUAAAAUUUCAUUUGACAUUAUUUCACUGUUGUGUUAUUUAUCAGCGGCCUGUGCUCUUUUAACCCAUCUAUGUAGCUAGCUGCUUGAUUUAUCAUGGUGCAACAAAGCAAGGCACUAUUACUUUUUACAUCUGAAAAACAGACUACAAGCCUGCCUAAUUGCAUGCAGUGAUUUUUCGUUGUUUUAGUGAAGUUUCCGUUACCUGUAAUCGCAUUGUUGUAAUUGAUAAUAUUGUGAAUUGAAUGGAUCGUAUUAUGGUUGUAACUGACACUAUCUUGUUUCAGUCUCAACACUUGACAAGCGUACUUUUUGAUACUUGGUGUCGUUGAAGGAUAUUUCGCUGGUGAUGUUUUAUGAAAAAUAAAAAUCGAAAAUCACUAA